GGAAGUGGCGGGUGAUGUAGUCCACACCUUUCCGGUAGAUCAGAGUACCACUGCUACUAGGCUGAAAGGGAGAGACGAAAGCGGUUUGAAAAUUAUUGAGAGAGGAAGGGGGAACAGAAGAGGGACGGGAAUUGUUUUUUUUUAUUUAAUCAAUGACCUUAGUCAUCUGGACUUUAGAACAGGCUCCUACGAAUGAGUGGGUAGCCCAGCGCAACGUUUGAUGGAAUAGCUGCAGAAAAUUGCCUUUCUCCUCCGGUGUGGUACUGAUCGGAACAAGGGCGAGGAGGGGACCUCGAGUCGAGACACACCAAGAGGAAGUCAGAAGUACCGCAGGCUUUUUGAUGGGCCUAUUCAAUUUCCUUACUCUGUCAAAAGACCCACUGGCUACUCCCCUGUGAUUAUGAUUAUAGCACAAAUAGUACGCACAUUUUGUUACCGUUAAGUUCAGUAAACGUGUGACAAGUAGAAUCGACUUCUCCUACCAUUGUCAUACACCUUGGUACACAUUUAAACUCCAGUAAGUAACCCAAGUUAAUUAUUUACCACUGGGAGUGUUAUACAUUGUGAAGCAUUGAAUUAACCGGAUGGAUCAGUAUGGCCAUGCCAAUUGAUUAUUAGUUGGGGAGUUACACCAGGUUUGUAGCAAAUAAACCAAGUUAAAACCUGCAAGAUUUGGACAUUACGGAAGUCAUAAGGGAAAUAUUAAAACAUCCGAAGCAUUUUUUUUCAUUUGGAACGGACUAUUUAUGCACUAUUUACAAGAUGGGGAAAAUGCUAUCGAAAAUCUUUGGCAACAAGGAAAUGAGAAUAUUGAUGCUUGGACUUGAUGCUGCUGGAAAGACCACCAUCCUUUACAAACUGAAACUUGGACAGUCAGUCACCACAAUUCCCACUGUUGGUUUCAACGUAGAGACUGUCACAUACAAAAACGUAAAAUUCAAUGUGUGGGACGUUGGAGGCCAAGAUAAGAUUCGUCCACUGUGGCGACACUACUACACGGGCACUCAAGGGUUAAUCUUCGUUGUGGAUUGCGCGGACAGGGAUCGGAUCGACGAGGCCAGACAGGAACUCCAUCGCAUCAUAAAUGACCGGGAGAUGAGAGAUGCCAUCAUCUUGAUUUUUGCCAAUAAGCAAGACCUACCUGAUGCAAUGAAGCCGCACGAAAUCCAAGAGAAACUAGGUUUGACCCGCAUCAGAGAUAGGAAUUGGUAUGUUCAGCCCUCCUGCGCAACCACGGGAGACGGACUAUAUGAGGGGUUGACAUGGCUAACUUCAAAUUACAAAUCUUAAUGAUUGAAUGGUGACUGUUUUAGAUCAAAAACUACAAAAAGUCAAAUUGAGGCAAGUAACAAAUAACUUUACUUCUUAAAUGAAUAUAAUAAAGAAACGUUUGAUUAUCUCAAUUUAUUUUGAUUUCUAUGAUGACCCUAUAGCCUAACUAAUUUAUCUUUAUAAACUGGGUUUUCGGGCUUAUAGUUUUAUUGUACACUGUAGCUAUACAGUCAUUAUGGUGUGGCUUGAUGAAUAUCAAUUAAAUGGGUUCGUAAUUCAAAGCUACCGAGAUUAACGCCUUUGCCUAUUCUUUAUCCCAUUUUACAUAAUUUCUAAUAGAGCUGGAUUUCAUCUUUUAAUUUGGGCUAAGGACUGGUUGGUUUAUGCUUCUAAGAUACUGUUGGAUUGUGAUUGAGGAACAUAAGGGUCUGUUUCAUAGUUUUUAAUUUCAGAACUGAAGUCUGGUAUUUAGUCUAGCUUGUUUGGGAUAACUACCACACCUUAUAUGAAACAUUUUUAAUACAGAACAAGUAGCAAAUUGAAGUAUUUGUUUUAGAUUGUAUUGAUGACUACACUGCAAGAUGUUAUUAAACAUUCACCAUUGCAUACAUUUCAUUGUCAACAUUCUGAAUCUGGACAUUUUUGUGUCAAAACUUUCUGAAAAGACAUUGUGUAGUGCUUAGACUCACCAUCUGGAACCCAUUUGCACAAGUGAUUCACUAUAGACUAUUGUGAAUUCAUUGGCCUUUUUUGUGUACUCGUGGUUUGAACCCAAAUUUUGCUCAAGCAUAAAGUUUUAUGGGAUUCUGGUACCUCAAACAUGCUUUUCAAAAUGCAGCAUUUGUUUACGGGGUGACAUUGCCUAUGAAUAUAGCCUAUGGAUGCAAUAUUUCCUAAGCAAUGUCUCUCAGCUCUGAGCUCUCAACCUACAACUAUUCAUGUCUCAGGAUGUGAGACCUUUUACUAGUAUAGAUAUGCAGCAUGAGUACAGAAGUACAGUAACCCUACAGCAGAGUUGACCUGUCAGGCAAUGGGAGGGAGCAUCUCUCUGGUGAAAUAAGUCAUCUUCUGGUUCAAGCUCUCUUACUCCUAUGUUGACUUGGAGAACCAUGUACAGAACAAUGUCAUUGUAAUGUCUGAUUAAAAAAGUCAUUUUAA